AUGGAAGACCUAAUGACCAAGGGUGUUUGUCAUGCACAGAAGACGAUAUGUACCCUUCAUGAAAAAUACAAUAAUGGUAGCCUUGAUGAUUAUUCAUUUGAGGAGGCAUUUCAAGGGUGUACAGUGAUCAGCAAGCCAUUUGAUGAAUUGAAUUCAGAGUACAAACAAAUUCAGUAUCUUAUGAGAAACGGAUAUCUCGUAUUACCAGUAGAACAAAUUUUGGGGUAUAUCUACAAACCACAGCUGACUAAAACUGGACGAAUGCAGCAGGUUAGACAACAAGAAUCAUUCCAGUGUGUUCCUUUCAAAAAAUUGUGUCAGACUUAUCUCCAACAGCCAGGAAUGAUGAAAGCGAUUUUGUCUCAUGAAAAAGAGGGAAGUGAAAGUGUUCUUGAGUCCUACAGAGAUGGAGAAUUUUUCAAGAAGGAAUUUGCUGAGGAAAACGAGAACAUUUUCCCAGUUGUUUUGUAUUGUGAUGAUUUCGAACCAGCAAACCCCCUAGGUUCAAGAAGAGGACAGCAUAAAUUGUGUGCAUUUUAUAUUCAGUUCCUCAAUAUUCCAAGGAAGCUUCAGAGUAGUCUUGACAAUAUCUUGCUUGCUGCCCUGGCAAAAUCUAAACUAGUCAGCAAAUAUGGCAUUGACUCCAUUCUUAAGGUUUUGGUCAAUGACUUGCAAGAAAUGUAUACUGAUGGUAUUCAUGUUAACAGUCCUGGUGAAUAUCAAGGUCUUGUAAAGCCAAAGCUGUUUCAGAUUUGUGGAGACAAUCUUGGUCUCCAUCUUGUCAUGGGCUUCUCUUGUGGGUUCACUGCAAACUAUCCUUGCAGGAGGUGUAAAGCCCCCAGAGGAACAUGCCAGGAGCAAGAGGAAGAACAACGGAAUCUUCUGAGAAAUCGGGAAAACUUUGAAGAAGACAUUGAGACAAAUAACCUUGCAGAGACAGGCGUUUCAAGAAAUGGAAUCCUGAAUGAACUUCCCUACUACCAUGUGACUGAUAACUAUGUCCUUGAUAUCAUGCAUGACUUCCUAGAGGGAAUGGUACCACUCGAAGUUAAGCUAGUUAUCCAGUACCUAAUCGACGAUGGAAAAUUCACAUUGGAGGAACUCAAUAGCAGAAUUACAGCAUUUAGCUAUGGUUUUGUUGACAAGCAGAAUCGGCCAUGUCAGAUAACAGCAGCAACAUUAGCCAAACCUAAAUCCAGUAGCAGACAAACUGCUUCACAGAUGCAGUGUCUGUUUUUGUAUCUACCUCUGUUAAUUGGAGAUAAGGUGGAUAGAGAUGAGGAGUCAGAUGUCUGGGAAUUGUUAUUAAUCCUUCUCGACAUUUAUAAAUUAGUAGUAGCACCUAGCAUCAGUAUAGAAGCAACCUUCAUGCUCAAGGCCAAAAUUGGAGACCAUCACAGUUUAGUUAAGGAGACUUUUCCAGAGCUUCAACUCACUCCAAAGCAGCACCAUUUACUGCACUAUCCUAGAGCAAUUAGAAUGUUGGGCCCACUCUCACCCUUUUCCGCAAUGAGAUUUGAGGGAAAGCACAAGCCUCUCAAAACAUUCGCAAAAAUCUCAGGCAACUACAUCAACAUUGAAAAAACAGUGGCUAAAAAGCAUCAGAUCGGCCAAAGUCACAAUUUUCUACUGAAGGAAGACAUAACAAUCAGGGGCACAGAAGUAUACAGCCAAGAGUUAGUUCCAGUGUCUAGUCUUCAACAUGCGGAAGAUGUAUGUACUGCACUUGGUUGUCCUCUGGACACAGAAAUUGUAGUUGCUGGCUGUAGUAGUGAAUGGUUACAGGUUCAGAUCAAGCUCUAUUGUCGUUACCGACUGGUCUGA